CUAAAAUAUCAAACUAUGAAGGAAACUUCCACGAAGAACAAUAAUUUCAAAGUUCCUAGUACAGUGAAUUCUGCAGAUGCUGAAUGGGGAAGAGCAUCGAGUCAAGGUGACUUUGUUGAGCGGCUGCCUCCAGAGGUCACCGUUAAAAUCUUCAGCCAGCUAGACAUUCAGAGUUUAUGCAGAGCGUCCGAGACAUGCAGGCGUUGGAAUCUCACAAUAAGAGACAAUGAUGACGUAUGGAAACCUCACUGCUUGACCGCAAGAGCUGUGUGCCAAAGAGAAAUAGAUGAUGACAGAAAAAGUGGUUAUACCUGGAGGGAAACAUUCCUAAGAAAUUACCAGAAGAGUAAAGUGAAACGUGAGUGGCUAAGUGGCAGAUACAGCAACAUACGUUCUCCCGAGAACCUGCCAGAAAAAUCUAUGUGCCCAAUGGACGCAGAUACAUGGGGGGAAAUUCUAGAAGCAGAACUGAAAAGAGAAGUUGAAAAAUCGCAGUAG